UCGCAAACCUCAGACGUCCUGUCUUCUGAAAUCUCCGGAUUAUCGACCCGAUCUUCGACUUUGCCGCAAGACUCCUCGGACAGUCUGGAGUCUACCCCUUCGCUGAGAAAGUCCCGAACCCAUAACCUCCUGCAUCCCGAUUCCGAUCCACCGAAAAGGUCUACAUCUGGAAACCGACUCAGAGACGUAUUCCGCUCGAAAAGGGGUUCGGAAAAGAGUUCCAGUGACGAGAAGACUGUGCCCGAGUCUUCGCCAGCGGUCAACCCAGAGUCUGAAGCCAAAGUCUCGACCGGCCGAAACCGUGCCCUUUCACGCGGUCCGACGUUGGAACCUCUGAAAGCCCCGCCGCGAACACCACAGACUCCGCCACAUGGAGAGCCGACUCCGCCAGUGAUCGUGAAUACCCCUCCCACACCAACCGAUCCUCAGCUGCCCGUCAUCGUGGCGACUAGCAGCAGCCCUCGUCGUCCGGCGAAUGCGUCUCCCGUGGGGAAUAUGAUAACGCAACGAAGAAGAGCGGGGUCAAAUGCAGGCCCAAGCAAGCUGUCAACGAUAACAUCCGCCCCUCUCACGCCAACGCCGGAAGCUGGGCCAGUUUCACCAAACCCAGCUGCCACGUUCUUUUCGUCCAUGUUCUCAGCAGUCCAAAAUACUGCCAACUCGCUCAGUAGCACCAUAUCAACGGCGAAUCUAGCUCCCGGGACGAAGUCUAGGGCCGGUACACCGUCUCAGGAAACCGACAGCACACAACAGCAACAACAGCAGCAGGACGGCGUCGAGGUUGAAUCCUCAUCCAUUCCUGAUCUGUCUUCAGAAUCCCAGGAGCCAGCCGUUAAAACGCUAGGCAUGGGCGAUCUCAGUCUUAGCCAGCUCGGUAUUUCCGAGACACCGAGCAAUGCUCCUAGUCCUGUGGCCUCAAAAUUUGCGGAUCCUGAUCCACGAAAUCGAUCAGAUUCAGCCCCGGACCCCCAUCCCGCUGUGACGGAAAUUGUGGACGAGUCGCAUCUUUCGCGGCCGAGAUCGGUGUAUUCUGCCAACGGAGAUCGCACGCCACCAGCAGGGAGUGUAUAUGAGGGUAGAUCAGGGGUUCACCGGAGCGGAAGCAUUCGCAGUGCUCUUGGUCACCGCAGGAAGCGAGGCAGCAGCAUAGCUACACACAACACAUCUGGGAGCGCCAUAGGCGCUGCUAUUUCAGCUGCCAACUCUUCGGUGGCUAACCCGAAUGCUGCGGGAAGCACCCCGAAACUUACUGGAUUUGCUGUCGCUACUAAGAAGCGCAACCGUGACUUUCAUAACCUUUUCAAAAGCGUGCCCGAUGACGAUUACCUGAUUGAGGACUACAGCUGUGCUCUGCAGCGUGAAAUCCUCGCUCAUGGCCGGUUAUACAUCUCAGAGGGACACCUCUGCUUUAGCAGCAAUAUCUUGGGCUGGGUGACGACGCUGGUGAUGAGCUUUGACGAGAUUGUCUCAGUUGAAAAGCGGAGUACGGCGCUGGUGUUCAAGAACGGCCUGGAGAUUUCUACUCUACAUGCCAAGCAUAUCUUUGCCUCUUUUGCGAGCCGCGACACGACAUACGAUCUCAUCAUCAAAAUCUGGAAGCUUGGUCAUCCUCACCUCCAGAGCUCUCUCAAUGGCGUCCGUCUGGAGGAGCCGGGCGGCGACCGUACCGAAAAGGUUGAUGUGGAAAACGUCUCUGUGGCAGGGAGCCAGAGCAUAUCCGGAUCCGAUGACGAGAGUGCCGAUGGGGAUGACGAUGAUGACGAUGUGUAUGAUGAGGAUGAGGAAGAGGAGGAUAGCCAAGAAGCAAGCUUGCCUGCGGACGCAACCUCAGAGGGCCCUGAUAAGACAGCCACUCGCAAGGUAUCUGGUCCAGUGCCCUCGGAGAAGGCCGACGACAAUGCUCCCACAAGUGGUGGUGAUUUCCCAGGUCCUACCAGUCACGCCCCGACAGAGUGCGGGGAUGAAGGGACACAUUAUGAGAAGAUUCUGGGCGACGAAACUAUCCCGGCGCCGUUGGGCAAAGUCUAUAACUUGCUCUUUGGACCUGGCUCGGCCGCAUGGAUGGGCAAAUUCCUGACCGUGGACCAAAAAUGUCUGGAUCUCCAGAUGGAGGACAAGCGAGGUCUCACUGGGGAGGUCAAGUCGCGGACGUUCACCUACAUCAAACCUCUUAACGCCUCGAUAGGACCCAAGCAGACGAAAUGUAUUGUUACGGAGCAGCUGGAAUCCAUCGACCUCGACAAGUCUGUCAACGUGCUUUGCAGUACGCAGAAUCCCGAUGUACCAAGUGGCAACAUAUUUGUGGUGAAGACAAAGUAUUGUCUUACGUGGGGUGAGAACAAUGGCACUCGUGUUCAGAUCAACUGCACUAUCGAGUGGUCUGGCAAGAGCUGGCUGAAGGGUCCCAUUGAGAAGGGCGCAAACGAAGGACAGACGCAGUACUGCAAAGAUCUUUUUGCCAGUCUGCGAGCAGCCAUUUCUUCUCGACCACGGUCUAGCACUCUCGGUAUUGCCGCAGGGGCACGUGGCAAGAAGCGUGGACGCAAGGCGAAGUCCGCGCUGGCCUCUAACCAAGCCAGCGACGUUGAGAGUGUUGCCAAGGUGUCAGUAAAGGAGAGCUGGGGUCUGCUUGAGCCUGUGCGGCCUUUCCUUGGGCCCGUGUUUGAUAUCAUCAGGCCUAUUCUUACCGGAAAUGUGGUGUACGGGUUGCUUGUCGGUCUGCUGGUGGCUAGCUGGUUCGGGUUUGGUACUCGACAAGGACCAGUACCCUAUGGCCGCGACAUCGGGUUUGCAAACUACCCACAGCGAAUUGCGGCUUACGAGGAAAUGUGGAGCAGAGAGGAAAGUGAGCUGUGGGAAUGGAUUGAGGAGAGAGCUGGUCUGGACCGGCUGAACGGUGGUAGUAUGCCAGCCCCGAGAAAGAGGACCGUGGAUCCAAGGACGGUAGAGGAGAAGCUGCGGGAGGAGAGGAUGGCUGAGAGAGAGCUCCGGGAGGCGAUCAGAGUGACGGAGGAGCAUUUGCAAGUUUUGAAGUCGGUUGUCAACAGGAAGGAGAGGGGCGAGAAGGCUACAAGUGAUUGA